AUGUAUAAUGACACAAAAGAAGUUUCAAGUUGUGAUAACUCACAGUGUUUGCAAAUUUCAAGUUAUGUGCCUCCCAAUAAGGUUUCUGUUCCCAAAACUUCUGCCUCCCUUUUAGGAUAUGGCUCCAAUGAAAAUGAUGAUGACUUUGGUGUUGAGAAGAGGUUACUGCCCUUAGCGUAUGCUGUUGUGGAAGUUGAAAAUAAAGAAACUUGGACAUGGUUCUUGGAAUUGCUUAUUGAUGAUCUUGGAGGUAUUGACGUGUGUAGGACAAUGACCUUUAUGUCUGACCAACAAAAGGACCUAUUACCCACUGCUGAGCACAGGUUUUGCAUGAGGCAUCUGUAUGCAAAUUUCAGAAAAAGAUUCUCUGGCCAAAAAUUAAAGAUACUCAUGUGGAAGGCUGCUAGGAGCACACACCCAGCAGUUUGGGAAAGAGUGAUGUUAACAAUUAAAGAGUUAAAUAUUGAUGCUUACAGAUACCUUAUUGUUAUACCUCCAAGGUUCUGGUCCAAGUCUAGAUUUAGUGGUCGAGCCAUAUGCGACACAAUUGUCAACAAUAUGAGUGAAGCUUUUAAUAGUGUCAUAGUAGAUGCAAGAGGCAAACCCAUAAUCACCAUGCUCGAGGAAAUCAGAGUUUAUUUAAUGGAAAGCUGGUCAGGAGAAAAGAUAUUUGAAGUGAGGCACAUAUCCAUGGUUGGAGACAAGUACACAGUGAAUGUGGAUGCUCAACAUUGCAGCUGUAGGAAAUGGCUUCUGACUGCUAUCUCUUGCUGCCAUGCUAUUGCAACAAUGAAUUUCAUCAAUGUCAAUGCUGAGGAUUUCAUACCAAUCUGUUUCAGGAGAUCCACCUAUGAAGAAAUAUAUCAAUUCAUCAUCUUUCCAGUUAGUGGUGAAGUCUUAUGGGAAAGAACUCCCUACCCUGACGUCGAUCCACCAUAUAAGAGAAUCUUACCAGGAAGACCCAAGAAAAAAAGAAGUUUCACUUUUGCCAAACAUUGA